UCUGUUUGACAGGCACCGAGAGGAGAGAGAUGAGAGGACAGCAGAGAGACAGCUAAAUAUCCCGGUUGUUCUGUUGCAAGCGAACGAAAGAUCUCAGAUUUAACACACACUUUGUUUGAGCUUACAUUGAACUAAAUAACCCCAAGCUUUGCUUUUUGUCAGACUUGAUUAUUUCCUGAUUAUACGUGAUAAGUGAGACUUGUAAGUACGCGGCCACUGAAUUGUAUGUGUUUAGUGCUAACAGUUAGCUGACAGGCUACAUCCAGCAUCAGCCAUUGAUGCCAUGGCGUUGAAACGAAUCCAGAAGGAACUGUCAGACCUGCAAAGGGACCCACCUGCUCAGUGCUCUGCUGGACCAGUUGGGGAUGAUCUAUUUCAUUGGCAGGCAACAAUAAUGGGUCCGAGUGACAGCCCAUAUCAGAGUGGAGUGUUUUUCCUCACCAUUCACUUCCCGACAGAUUACCCCUUCAAACCACCCAAAGUUGCAUUCACAACAAAAAUUUACCACCCUAAUAUCAACAGCAAUGGAAGUAUUUGUCUGGAUAUACUGAGAUCACAAUGGUCACCUGCACUUACAGUAUCAAAAGUAUUAUUGUCUAUCUGCUCUCUUCUUUGCGAUCCAAACCCAGACGACCCACUGGUACCAGAAAUCGCCCAUACGUACAAGGCUGACAGGGAAAGGUACAACAAAUCGGCAAGAGAAUGGACACACAAGUAUGCAAUGUGAGAAUGCCAGGGAGAUCAAAAUACAAAUGAGAACAAAAGAAACACGUUUGAUUUGUAACUUGAGGCAAAUGAGCAACAGAGGGGGGAAAAAACUAGACAACAACCCAUCUUGUGGAGGAGGAAGUGAUACAAUGAGGUACAGUGCCACCUGGCUUUCCAUGUGCUGAGCUGCUACCAUGUGCUGUCCUUCAUGACUUGUAUGGAUCUGCUGAGCAGGACCUGACGGGCUCCUUAAAGCACUCCCAUAUGGAAUACCGGAAACUCUUCACAGUCCAUGCCGCCACAAACAGACUUUAAACUGUUACUCCUGCUAUUGUGAUUAUCACUAUCAUCGUUGCUAUUCAUAACGCAUCAUUUUCACCGUCACUGAGUCAUAUCGUUGUGCUACUCGGAAGCGAAAUGUUUGAUUUAUUUAGGAGGCUCUCCCUUCAUUUACAGAGGUACUGUCUGUGUCCCACUGGAUGUCUUUUGUUAUUACUGUAUUUCCAUGUAUUUAGUGGCCUUUCUGUGUUAUUAUUUUCGGUAUAUGUGCAAUUGAGGCAGAAUGUUCCCUGCUCAACACAAAAUGGUGCAGUGCCAUUACCAGCAGCUGAUCUGUUGGCACAUACUGUCUCUACCCCGAAACAAUGUGAAAGAUGUAAAGAAGGAUUGGUCUCUUCACCCACACUGCAUUUCAAUAGAAACAGUAUUAAAUGGUUUUGAGGACACUGGAGAGCUGCUGUCCAGAGCUAGCUGGCCCUUGCUUCACUUUCGUGGGGCUCCACAGGGCGAAUGUCAACUAACAUUUUUCUCACACAUGCGGUCAUUGCUCUUAUAUCCUGUAUAAGUAACCACCCAUGGCUGGUGUCCACAGUGCACAAAAUACUACUGUUGUUUGACUUGUUGUGUGGCUAUGAGCAUAGCUAUUCUUUGGCGUAUAGCUGAGCUGUGUGCCACCUCCUCAGUACAGUUACUCAGGUAUCUAACCAAAUCAUCAGCCUUUACACGCAGUGACCCAUGGUGAGAAAAAUGACCAGGUCCCAUAUCAACAGGCUUCUAAUAAUUGUACAGAUCUAAGUUCACUGGUUUGUUCAUAGAAAAGAAAACGCUGAAGAGAUAAAAAUGAUCAAAGACAGAUGAGCACUCCUGAAGAUCUUUAUGCAUAUAGGCCCUAAUGGUCUGUGUUGCACACAAAUAUGCUGUCAUUUUGUCACAGAGGUUUUUUUUUUUCAUUAUCCCUCUCAAGUUCUUUUCAUCACCAUUUAUUUAACACUUGGAUGUGAACAGUAACUGUUAAACAUGUACAUGCUACUGUUUUUCUAAAAUGAAAUGGCCUUUGGCUACAGCUGGUGUCACUUAUACUCAAAAUGGGAACUUAAACAGACUGCAUUUUUCAGAUCCUAGUCAUUUCUAGUCAUGCACAUCUUGUUACUUGAGGAUGAAGAAAUACAGUUGCCAUGACAAUUUCAUCCGCUUUAAACAUCAAGUGAUGUGAAGUUGGUCCGCAUGUCUUUUAUUCUCAUAUUCGGGUCUGCAGAGGUUUGUUUUGUUUUGGGAUUAAUAAUCCACGCUGACGGUAAAACGGUUUGUCUCGGUGGUACAUUCGUGACCUUUUGUAUUGUAUCUUUCAAAGCUUUAGUGAUAGGCAAUUUCAUUUUCUUUCAUGUCACCAGAAUUGAACAACAUUGUGAUGUGUCAUAAUGUAAUAUUGGUUUUAAUAUAAUCCAUUGUGGGUGUUGGGAAAAGUAGUUAGAAAAUGCUAUGUUUUUUUUUGUUUUUGUUUUUUUUGUCAUGGCUCAUAAUGUGCCGAUGCUGCCAAUGUAAGGGACAGAAGGGAAUUGUUUGAUAUUAUAAAGGGGAAUAAAUUUAGCCUUUGAGGCAUUAUUGAGUGGAUUUGUCCAGAAAGGUCCGUACUAAAAUAUUAACAUUUCAGAGGCUUUGAUCGUUGAAUUAACACCACGGUUUAGGCGCCAAAUAUAGAUUUUCAUCGUUAGCUGCUGUAGAGAAAAUUGUCAAAACAAGUUGUCCUGAAAUACAGUAUACACUAAAAGGUUUAUCCUCAAGAUGCAGUGAAAGUCUUUUUUUUGCUACCAGACCACAAUUGAAUAUGAUGUGUGUAAUAGUACUAGUUCAACAUUUGUGUGCUUUGUUGUUUGUUCAUUUGGCUAUUUAUUUAUUUGAAAGCAGAGUAUCUUCCAACUGUACGACUGAAUGCAGCCUCAAUUCAUCAUGUGAGUGGUGCGACGACAUUGACUUCCUUUGUCCAGUGUGCUCAAUAGAGUUUAUAUAGGCAGCUUGGCAUGCUUUGCACUCUGGAGAACCUUCUCACAGCCAUUUGCCAGAUAUCAGGGAUUUCGUUACAAUUCAUCUGCCUAACACCUCUGACUAAAAUUUUAGCCUUAACCCUCAUUUUAUAUAUAUAUAUAUAGAGAGAGAACAUUGUCAUAAACUGUAAAUUUGCUAUCAGGGCUGUAUAUCCCCCAAACGGGUGAUUCAUUUCAUCAGUAGACAUGGAAACCUGCUUGAAACAGUACCAAUAUUUUUGUUGAAAAUUUCAGCCUGGCUUUCUCUGAAUGCAGGACCAGCCUUCAUGCAUCUUAAAAUUUGGAAUAUGUGUGCUUGAUAAAUGCCACCAUGAACGUCCACUUGUCCUCACAUAGCCUACACAAGAUAACUAUUGACCUUGUCAUAACAUAUGAAUAAAGCUCAUCUUGGUUUUACCGUU